AUGACCUCUACCGCGCUGGGUCUAGUGGCCGCCAUUUCGUCGGCUACCACGGGAGGUGGAUUCAUGAAAGCUUUACACUCAGACGAAGAUCAUCUCUACUGUCACUCAUAA